AUGGAGAAGAGAUUCAAAGUGUGGGUAUACAAGGAAGGAGAGCCACCACUGUUCCACACCGGACCAAUGAAGGACAUCUACUCCAUUGAAGGGCAGUUCAUCGCUGAACUGGAAAGUGGGAAGAACCCAUACCUGGCUCGCCACCCUGACCAAGCCCUGGCCUUCUUCGUCCCUGUCAGCAUCGCCAACAUUCGACGUUACCUCUACCGACCCCACCUCGAUUAUCAUCGUGGCCGCCUCCAGAAUGUUGUUACCGAUUACAUUGGUGUUAUAUCGCACAAGUACCCUUACUGGAACAGAAGCAGUGGGGCUGAUCAUUUCUUCGUUGCCUGCCAUGACUGGGGACCAGAUGUUUCCACUGCCAACCCUAAGUUAUUCAAGAACCUCAUCAGAGUUCUUUGCAAUGCCAACGCUUCUGAGGGUUUCCAACCGGCUAGAGAUGUCUCCUUGCCCGAAAUCAAAAUCCCUGGCAAGGGACUCGGGCCACCUCGUCUCGGCCAAGCCCCUAAACAUCGUUCUAACCUAGCAUUUUUUGCCGGUGGCAAUCACGGCUACGUAAGAAAAAUAUUAUUCCAACACUGGUACGAUAAAGACGAUGAAGUCCGAAUCCACGAGUACCUCCCAAAGAACGAAAAUUACUUUGAAUUAAUGGGUAAAACAAAGUUCUGCCUAUGCCCUAGUGGGUAUGAAGUAGCUAGUCCUAGAGUUGUUGAAUCUAUAUACGCAGGUUGUGUCCCGGUGAUUGUUUCCGAUGGCUAUGUGCUGCCAUUUAGUGAUGUUCUUGAUUGGAAUAAGUUUUCAAUUCAUAUUCCGGUGGCGAGGAUACCGGAGAUCAAGAAAAUCUUGCAAGGGGUUUCAAAUGAUGAGUACUUGAAAAAGCAGAAACUGAUUUUGCAGGUGCAACGACAUUUUAUGCUAUAUCGGCCGGCCCGGCCCUAUGAUUUUAUGCAGAUGGUGCUUCAUUCAGUAUGGCUAAGGAGGCUUAAUGUGAGGCUACCAUUGAUGUAG